AUGACUGUGUCCUCGACCCUCAUGGCUUGUGGUGAAAUCGAUUGGGUGUUAAUAUUUUUCGUGCUUGUCGCUCCCCUCGUGACAGGCGAAGUGCCCAAGUCUCUGCUGGACCACCCUAAUCGGAAAGGGGGGGCUUUUCAGUUUCAUGUUACGGAAGACGGCGCCCCCGUGCCUGGGUACAAGUCGUGGAAAAGUGUCGGCAUCCAGUUGGUUCUCGGAUACGCUGACGUUGGUACGGAUGUGGAUGCGGUGGUGUCCUAUUACCAGGCCGAUCAUAUGUGGUGGUUUGCCUUGGGGAUGAUAUUCAUCAUUGGACCUGCCUUGUUCGCUGCAAUCGUCUUGCUCCGCCGUGAACACUGGUUGAGGCGGGUCCUAGUUGCUCUGCAGUUGGGGAUGCUGUUUGGGGCAUUGGUCUCUUGGGGUACUUCAUCAUACUCCCCUGUACUGGCAAGCUUGCGGGUGAUGGAGCCGCUGUAUGAGUCGGUCCCGCAGCUGAUGUUACAACUGUAUGGCCUGCUACUUGAGUGGGAUAAUGACGGAACUAUGUGGCUGUCAAGGCGGCUCUUAUCGAUCUUGUUCUCCUGCUUUUCUCUAGCCUAUGCCACAACGGGUUUGGUGGCGGAGCAGGCGUUGUCUCGACUUGCUCCUACCGCCGACGCUGCGAGUGCGAGUUGUCCCGGCCUGACAGGGCUUGUUUUCGGGGCCGUCCCAGCUAACAGCAGCGUUGCAGUAUACAGAUCCAGGUGGAAUUCCCAGAAGUUUGUAUGGGCUUUCUUGUUUUAUCAAGUGCUUGAGAUAGGGGCUAAGUUCAUUUCACUUGGUCUCCUGGCGUUGGUGUGGCGGGCGUACUUCUUCCUCGCGCUGUUUUGGCUUUGGGGUUCUCGUGCGUAUGUAUUGCGUCGCUUGAUUGCUGGGGAACACAGCCUUCGCGUUCGGUCCCAAUUUCGACUUGUGGGCAUGCCUUUCAUGGACUCUGUGAUGGAUGUCUUACAAACAUACGACGUAGGGUGUGCACUCACAACGGUGGAGUUCGUGUUUUGCUUGACGAUUGGCAACAUGUUUUACACCGAUGAGGGGGGUCAGUUGCCUACCGAUGUCGGUCGUGUGUGGACGUACGUGGCUGCGGUGUGUAUGGUGGGGAAGUUGUGUUUGGGCUACCUGAUCGUGAGGCCGUUCAAGAGAGUCGUUCGCUUCGGCACUGAGCAAGAGGAGCAGACCUCAGGUCGACAGCACGGUGGCGGUGAUGUUGGCGGCAACGGAGAUGUUGACCCUGGUGGGAGUUCUCGUGCUGAUGAUGAAGGAAUGCUCGGGGACACGAGAGCGCGGACAGGUUACGGUGACGAGGGCAGUAGAGGUGUAGUCGCCCUUGCCAGCCGGGGCGCACGCGUACACGAAGGCAUGUCGCUUUCCAGGACGGUGAAUCGGCGAACACUGUCGUGGACUGCUCUCGAGGACAGCGAGGAGGCGUCACGUGUUGGUGUUGGACUAGAUAGACAGGGUGAGCCGGGUAGCGCAGGCUCUUCGGCAGGGCUGGAGAUGAUGACAGGAAUGGAAGAGGGGAAGGUGACGAGCGAAGUAGCACCUUCGGAGGGAACAGACCUUGAGCCUGUUCUGCAUAUCUUGACCCACGUGGCGACGGGUCGGCUAGUUAGUGAUGACGCCGAGGUCCAGGGCGAGGAAGAUUCUGCGUAGUGCCUGCAGCGCAUUUUCGGUACGCUGGGCAUUUAUGUGUCACUACUUGGGUAGAAGAAUAGCAUUCCGUUCCGGCAGAAAUGCAUGGAUUAGGUGAAUGUGACGUUGAGCACUCGUCUUCAUGAGAAGCGCGUCCAAGAUUUUGUGUUUGCUCCGGUGUCGUGAUGUACUUUGGUUUGUUUUGGAAAUUUCAGUUUGGAUUUGGCAGGAAAUGCAAAUCGCGAUCACUGCCACUCCAUUCUGCGCCUACACGUGAGUCGAGUAGUUGGCGAGGAAGACGGUGCUGAAGGGAAAUGAUAGCGGGCUCAGGGUAGUGAAUGCCACUCCGCCCUUCCCACGCAAGUCUUUCAAGAAUUUCUGUAGUCCCAAUGAUGCGCCUCUCUUGGCUUCGACAGUUGGAUAUGCAUGUGGUUGUGCCCUGACGCUGCCCGGCCGGUGAAAACUCGGCAUGCCGGAGCUGGUUUUGGUUCUGUUGUACCUUUGUGCUUAUGCCACCAAUGCUUCGGACAAACGACACUAUAUUCUUGAGCAGAGAACACAUUUGAGAAACAGCCCC